CGCACAGGAAACGCCUCUCUAUGAAGGGGGCAGUCUGACUGCAUAUGGAGCCACUGCGUACAGCAGACGCCUCUAAACACUCAACUUACACAGAGACACAACUGUUACCCGAUAACCUUUCGCGUAAAGACUUAAUUCGACAGCAGACACCACUGUGAAAGUCUCUCUUCACACUAGCCGCUCCGCGCGAGAAGAAACUCACAAGUGCGCGUGAACAUUCGGCGACCAGCCUCUUCCGUCUCCCGCAGUUCUGGACUCUUUUACACGAAUAAACGAUGACUUACUGCGCGCGAUUCCCACUCAAAACACCAGAGACUUUCUCACCCAUGCUUAUACGUUAUGUUUGUUUUUUCUGAUAUGGAGGAAGAUGCUUAAAUCCUCUUCAUACAUGCCUGGAAUUUUCUGCUGGGAACAGAAAGUGGGCGUUUUUCUACACCGAAGCACUGGUGGAUUCACUGCUGCAACUUGCAGUUUCAAGUGAGGCAACAUGCAGUAAGUUGACCGUUUGAAGGAUUUGCAGUUAUCUAAAAUCAGUUGCUGCAUUGCAUUGAUGUUAUGAAGAUGCGCCUGGAUUAAGAUCACAUUGAUACUGAGGUUAUUUAGCGAUAUUUACAGGUCGAUAUGGCACAAGAGAUUGUGUAUGAUAACCGCAGUAUAGUGGUGAAGUACAUCCACCAUAAGCUCUGGAAGAAGGGAUACGUUUGGGAAGUGAAUGGACACGAUGACAGCGUCUCGAAUGGACUGAUGAUGGGGAGGCAGGAGGACAGCGGCGUCUCUCCCAGCUCCCGUCACGACCCGUUCAGCGCUCUUCAUAAGGUGCUGCGGGAGGCUGGGGAUGAACUGGAGCGGUUAUAUCAGUCGGACUUUGCGGAGAUGUCCAAACAGCUGCAUCUCACGUCCAUCACGGCGCAUCAGCGCUUCACCGCAGUCAUAGACGAGCUGUUCAGGGACGGCGUGAACUGGGGCAGAAUCAUCGCUUUUUUCGAGUUUGGAGGGACCGUUUGUGUCGAAUGCGUGAACAAGGAGAUGACGGCGCAGGUGGAUAACAUUGCGGGCUGGAUGACGGAAUAUCUGAACGGGCCGCUGCACGGCUGGAUCCAGGAGAACGGUGGCUGGGAGGCAUUUGUGGAGCUCUACAGCAGGCAGAGGGACUCAGUGUUUCGCAGCUCGUGGUCGUCAAUAGUAACGGUCUUCGGUCUAGCCGCUCUCGGGGCCGUUGGCUUGACCAUAGGAGCCUACCUUGCUCAGAAAUGAGGAACCUUCCCCUCCUUUACUCGCUUGCCCUCUCUCCCUCCAGUCAACUCUCUUCGCUCUGUCUAAACCCCCUCCUCCGCUUUCCCCAGAAGACAUCCAUGUCCCAGGACUGCUCCUCUUCAAAGCUUUUCUCCCACUCUCUACAAGUCUUUCUUCUCUGCCUUCAAACACAAAGACAGAAAAGACAGGAAAUGAAUGCAAUGCCGACCCAUCAUAAGAGGAUGGCAGAGAAGAUGAAUAAUGAGGUGAAAGAGACAUUGGCGGCAGUGUCAUUGGCAGAAUUAGUUCAGAUCUCAAAGUGAGUUUUGAUUGUAGCACCUAUCGGAUAUUAGUGUUCUUAUACAUAAAAAUGAUGGAAAAAUGCAAAGGACAAAAAACAUCUGGAGGUUUUGAAGAUCUGUGGUGAUUGAAAGUAUCUUUUGAUGACACCAGCACUCUCCAAAUGUCAUUUAACAGUCAGAUUGAUUUUAGGAGACAAUCUGCACUAAACUACCAUCGUUGACCUUUGUUGUUUUUGUAGGAUUAAUUGUAGCUUGUCUUUUACCAAAUUCAGACUAACGUUUCUUGUGCUAUUGCCGCCACCCUUGUUUCAUAGUGUAAGAAAGUACCAGAAGAACUGUGAGAAGGAAAAGAGAGAAAUGGCAUGAACGUUAAGGCGAUGUCCCUCUAGCCACUGGAUUUUGAAGAAAUCUCGAGCUCACUGAUUUCCAGAUGGAACAGCUGAAAAAUGGAUAGUGGGAAGCCAUUUUCUCUUUGUAGCAAUAGCAAUUUAAAGAGCUUUAUUGAGGGCUUAAGAAGGGUUUCCUUGAAGUGCUUGGGGUCAAAAAUUAAACAAAGAGGACCGAAUGGGAAAGUAGUUUUCAGACUUUGAGAGAGGCUAAGUUAGACUCUUUACUGACAUGUUCAACAGAUGCAUGUCAAAAGACCUCUAUCUGUACAGUAUGCGCAGAAACAACGCUUUAUUCUUCUUUAAUAUUCAACUACACUGUUGUCCACUAAUGUUCAUUCAUACACCACAAGAAGUAGUUGGGUGGAUCUCAAAACUGUCAAGAGCAGGUCCAUGUCAUAUUUCACCCCAAAAAAAAAAAAAAAAAAAACAAUACAAAAAAAAAAAAAACGUACAAAUGUUUGCGGUCAAUGCAAUUUUUUAAAAAGAAAUUAAUAUAUUUAUUUAGCAAGGUGUUUUGAUCAAAAGUGUCAUUAAAGACAUUUAUUAAGUUAUAAAAGACUUUCUAUUUAUCAGAAAAUCCUGAAAAAAAUCUACACACACACACGUACAGGGCCUAAAAUGAACACUUGCCAAGCACCAAAUGCGAGUUAAAACCGCCGUUGACAUAUAUAAAGCACAUUUCCCACUACGUUUUUUUACUGUAAUGUAAUUGUUUAAAUUUAAUGUUUAUUAUUUAGGGUGAAAUGUGACUGGGACAUGCUUUCAUGAAGUUCCCCUAGUGGUCCAGAUUUUUCAUUAUUAUUAUUAUUAUUAUUAUUAUUAUUUAAUUUUCAAAGCAUCAUGUUCAGGGAUCAGUUGGGUUCAGUAUAAACAAAUGGAAAUCUGCAGUAGAAAUCCAUUCUGUGUUCCUUGGAUUUGGUGUUUACAGUUAUAUGUGCAAUCUUCCUGAUGUCUGUUCCCAAAACAGCAUGCUUAAACACAAUCCUGCCGCAUGUUUAAAGGAUUGCCACGCAGGAAAUGAAAAGUUUAAGACCAAAACAUAUGGACAAGAGCAACUGUAUACAGUGUGUGCCAUGGAUCCAGCUUUGGUGCUUUUGUAUCGGCCGCCUUUGAGUUCACAUGGAACCAAAAUGAAACUUUGGAACAACAAAGGGACUUACAGCGUUCCAAGAAGGUGACGUUAUUCAAUGUUUGCUCGCCUUGAUGUAGUAUCGGAGGUCAUGUGCUGCAUCAUUACCUAUGAUCUCCUCUACAGACAGUGGCACUGUAUGGGGUGCUAAUGAACUUUUGAGAAAUGGGUGCCCUCUUCAGUAGAUCUUACAUCCUGAAUCAGUCAAUGUUACUUGUUAUCUGCCUUUAUGGAUGUAUGUUCAUUUUAUAAUGUGAUACUGUCUAAAAUACAUAUACAGUGUUUUAAUAGGUGGUUGAUAGAUUAAUCUGGAAAUCAACCAUGUCCAGCAAAGCAGAUGAACAGACUACACGUGUAAGAGGAACUUCUACUGACAUGUCUGUAUGUAGUAGCAUGGUCAACCUGUCUGAAAGGAUCGAAGCUUUAUGUAAAACAAGUUAGCUUUCAAAAAGAACAGUUUAUCUGGUUACUAUAGUGUCAUAAAUAGUUGCUGUUUGUCUCUAGUUUACAGUUGCGAUUUUCUCUGACACUAACAUUUAUUAAAUUGUUUCUAACAGAUAGAUUUAAUUCUUAUUUCACCUUUAUUUAUUUUUAGGUACCUUAAAACAAUCAUCCAACUGUAACUUUAAAAGAUCACGUAGAGUUUAUUUCAUUUUUAGGUUUUAGAUUCUCUGAAAGAUUUGGAGCAUAAGUUUGAUCCUAAUUUGCUGAAUCAAUGCUGCUUAAUGUAAAAAUGAUAAAUUCUAUAAAUUACAAUGUAAUUGCCUGUUCUGUGUGGCGAUGUCAUGAAUAUUAAUACUUAAUUUCAUGUAGUCACUGUUUCUGUAGCGGUUUAUUUUUCGUCUUACAUCCUAACUGGAGCCCAUUAAAAUGUAUUCUGCUAUUGUAUUUUCACUAGUGAUAAGUCAAUUUUAACACGUCAACAUAACAUUUUAAUGAUUAAGAUCUUUGGAGAAAAUUCAUGAAGCUUAAGUUGGAAAUGUUACAAGAAAAGCAAAUGAAAGAUAUUAAGAUGAUUUUUUUUCUCACACCAAUCACACAUAAUAGUUUUUCUUGUAAAUGCACUGUAAGCCCAAAUAAGUUGGCAAAACUCAAAAAAUUUGAGGUAAUCAGUUGCCUCAAAAUUUUUAAGUUAAGAAAUUCAAAGUUUAAGUAAGCAGAACUGGCAGAUUUUUAUUUUGUACUCAUAAAUUUGAAUUGUUCUUAACUUGAAAAGUUUGAGUACACUAAUUCAUACAUUUAACUUAAAACUUUCAUGUAACCUCAAUGUAAACAUUUUUAUUUGUGUACACUUAGCUAGCUAUAACAAGCUAAUUCAUGCUAACUAAUUACAAUAGCAUUGUAUAGCACAUGCUGAAUGAGUGCACUUGUCACCGAUGGUAACUCUCCAAAAACCCACAUUAACAGAAACUCUUCUAAAUUAGCAAAACAAAACAAUAAUCACUACUAAAUCUCCCACUUAACAUUAAUCUUGCACAAAAAAAACAUUAUAUAAUACUUAAUUUUAGCAUUUACUCUCCCUUUCGAGUGCCAUGGGCAAAGCAUGCUGGGAAAUAGAAAUCCCAGCCCAGUUUCAGUCAAACUUAAGUUUGUCUAAAUUAAAAUAAAUACAACUCAAAACAAUGAAACAGUUCAGUUUACUUAAAAUAUAUCAGUUCUGUGAACUUGAAAGAAAAAGAAAGUUCUAAAUACUCAUAAAAGUUGAUUUGACUGAACUAAUUUGUUUAAUUUAAGUUUGUCCUACUCAAACCAACUAAUUAUUUUGAGCGUUAGGGUUUACAGUGUAUUUAACAAUUUAAAGAGGGUUGUUUAAAACAAGAAACAAUUAUUUGCUUAACCUUAUUCAAGAUAUAUUCUCUAAAAACAAGUCUUAAGAUCUUACACAUUUUUGCUUCUCAAGUCGAUUUAUCUUGUUUUAGGGAUUUGGCAAUAUUUUAUUGAGAAACACAACAACAUAAUGAUUAAGAAAAUAAUUUUUCCAUUGUUUAACCAAAAAACUUCAGUGCUACAAGUAUGCAAGUAGGUUUUAAAUGUCACAUUUCAGAUCACGGUUAAAUUUUGUACAUUAAUUAAAUCCAUUAACGUCUCAAAGUAAAUUCAGCUUUAUUUAUCUUCACUAAAGGUGGUUUUACUAAAACCAUCGUGUUAAAAUCGAGCUUUUGCUUGAGAAAAUACUAUGUCUUUCGAACAUGUCUUUUAGUUUGAUGUUUGGAAAGUUAUGUAAUUUAUAUAAAUAUAUAAUAUGCUGUAUAAAUUGACUUUUCUUUGCACUAUUAUAUUUGAGUGCGUUGAAACAGAAGAAAUUUAUAUUAGUCUAUUAACAAAUGCAUCAAUCACUACAGCCGGGGUGACCAAACUGUCCUGCAGAGUUUAGUUCCAACUUGUCUCAACACACCUGCCUGGAAGUUUCUAGUAUGCCUAGCAAGACCUUGAUUAGUUGUUCAGGUGUGUUUAAUUGGGGUUGGAGCAGAACUCUGCUGGACAGUGGCCCUCCAGAAGCAGGACUGGACACCCCUGCACUAGACUGAGGGUUCUCAACUCUGGCCCUCAAAGUCCACUUUCCUGCAGAGCUCAGCUCCAACCCUAAUCAAACACACCUGAAGAAGCUAAUCAAUGUCUUCAGGCUUACUAGAAAAUUACAGGCAGGUGAGUUUGAUCAAGGGUGAAGCUGAAAUCUGCAGGAAAGUGGAGCUUGAGGUCUAGAGUUGAGAACUCCUGCACUAGACUGUAUUGAACGCGUUGAUCUUUCAUGAGCACUCUCUGAGCAACACAUACAUACAAACAUUCAAAAAUAAAGGUGAAAAAGGUCAUAAUGUACAGUAGACACAAACUAUAUGUCUGUAUCUGAAUGAUCCUGUAUUGUGUUGUUGUUACACCUGGAGCAAUUUCACUUUGAAGAAAAGCUGCUAUUCUUUAUGUGAUAGCAAUGCACAGGACACACAAAGUCACCAUGCUGUUGUGUAUGAUCAUGUGUCACUGCUUGAAUAAGCUACUAGAGUCUAGAGUCCUUCUGUUCCUGCCAAACAAAUUAAGAUUCAAUAAAACAAUUUAAGACGCCA